GGAAGAGGCGCCAGCGCCGCGCCGCUGUGCGGACGGGCCGCGGCUCCGCUUCCUGUUCAGCUGGUUCCAGCCAGCUCGAGGACAAAACACGCGUGCGCGUGGCAGGCCGCCUCAGCCGCCGGCGCCCGGAGCAGUCCGCCUUUCUCCGGAGCAGCCCGGCCACGGUGCUAGUCGAUAGCAGCAGCCGCCGCAGCGACUCCGCACUGGAGAACUGAGGGCGGAAAAAGGCGGGGCUGACGGCUCUUUGCUAGGAGUGGGCUGGACCGGACGCCACAGACAAAGGCUCUCAAGGCAAGAGGGGCUGUGGCCCUGCGACGGCGCUGCUCGGGAUUUCUAACCCCAGGACUUUUCGCUCCUUCGUUUUUCUCUUCUGAUUCUUAUCUUAUCCCAAGCCCGCGUUCCCUCACGCGGGACCUCGCUCCUCACCGAGAGGGCAGCGAUGGAGGUCCCGCCCCGGCUUUCCCAUGUGCCGCCGCCAUUGUUCCCCUCUGCUCCCGCUACUUUAGCCUCCCGCAGCCUCUCCCAUUGGCGGCCGCGGGCGUCGCGGCAGCUCGCACCGCUCCUCCCUUCGCUCGCUCCCAGCUCUGCCCGGCAGGGGGCGCGCCGGGCCCAGCGCCACGUCACCGCCCAGCAGCCCUCCCGAUUGGCGGGCGGGGCGGCUAUAAAGGGAGGGCGCAGGCGGCGGCCGGAUCUCUUCCGCCGCCAUUUUAAAUCCAACUCCAUACAACGCUCUGCCGCCGCUACUGCCGCGACCCGGACCGCGCGCCAACACCCCCCCGCCGAUAACUCCGCCACCAUGGAGGACAUGAACGAGUACAGCAACAUAGAAGAAUUCGCAGAGGGAUCUAAGAUCAACGCGAGCAAGAAUCAGCAGGAUGACGGUAAAAUGUUUAUUGGAGGCUUGAGCUGGGAUACAAGCAAGAAAGAUCUGACUGAAUAUUUGUCUCGGUUUGGGGAAGUUGUAGACUGCACAAUUAAAACAGAUCCAGUCACUGGAAGAUCAAGAGGAUUUGGAUUUGUGCUUUUCAAAGAUGCUGCUAGUGUUGAUAAGGUUUUGGAACUGAAAGAACACAAACUGGAUGGCAAAUUAAUAGACCCCAAAAGAGCCAAAGCUUUAAAAGGGAAAGAACCCCCAAAAAAGGUUUUUGUGGGUGGAUUGAGCCCAGAUACUUCUGAAGAACAAAUUAAAGAAUAUUUUGGAGCCUUUGGAGAGAUUGAAAAUAUUGAACUUCCCAUGGAUACAAAAACAAAUGAAAGAAGAGGGUUUUGUUUUAUCACGUAUACAGAUGAAGAGCCAGUAAAGAAGUUGUUAGAAAGCAGAUAUCAUCAAAUUGGUUCUGGGAAGUGUGAAAUCAAAGUUGCCCAACCCAAAGAGGUAUAUAGGCAGCAACAGCAACAACAAAAAGGAGGAAGAGGUGCUGCAGCCGGUGGACGAGGUGGUACUAGGGGUCGUGGCCGAGGUCAGGGCCAAAACUGGAACCAAGGAUUUAAUAACUAUUAUGAUCAAGGAUAUGGAAAUUACAAUAGUGCCUAUGGUGGUGAUCAAAACUAUAGUGGCUAUGGCGGAUAUGAUUAUACUGGGUAUAACUAUGGGAACUAUGGAUAUGGACAGGGAUAUACAGACUACAGUGGCCAGCAGAGCACUUAUGGCAAGGCAUCUCGAGGGGGUGGCAAUCACCAAAACAAUUACCAGCCAUACUAAAGGAGGACAUUGGAGAAAACAGCGGGAACUUCAUUGCAGGCCGUGUGUCACCCUGACCACGUCUAUCUCUGGGGGUCGCACGUUGCGGGCAGAGCGCAAGGCAUACACCAGAAAACGCUGUCCUGUGGUAUGGUCUCUUCCAACUUCAUGUACCAGCGUAAAGAUUAAAGUGGAAAACUUCAGACUUUGGCUUCUUUUUUAAUCUUUUUGGAGAUUAAGUGUCUAAACUUAACUUAAAUGGUUUUUUACAGGAGUUAAAGUACAUAAAUGCCUUUUUUCAGCUUAAUCAUUUUGGUCUGCUGUUUAGUGUUGUAUUUCAAUUGUGGAGCCUCAUUUUAAGUGUUCAUUCUUUAAGAUUUAAUGCUUGCUUUUUCUUUUUAUAGCUAAUAGUGAAAUCUACAAACCAAAACAAGAACUUUUAAAUCUGGGAUAUAAAUUAAAGAUCAUAUGCACAAAUUAAUUCGCUUUCUGGUAAUAUAAUAAGCCUAUUUGAAAUUCAUGUUGUGAUAGCAUUUUACUUGGCUUACUAGAGAUGCUUCUAGUAGACCUUAAUCUAGAGCAUAGUUCAACCUGUGAAUAUGGGAAGAUUGCAUUCCCAGAUUUUCUGAGAUUUUAAUUUAAUAUCAUUUGGGAACUCCAGGGUGAGUUUAUUAAUUUCCCAAGGUGCAUUUUGCCAAUAAAUAUGCAUGUGAUCUUUAAUUGUUGAAGAAAAGAAUAAAGUGAGGACUUAAAACAAUUCAUGAAAGUGGACCUUUGAAAGCUUGUCAGAGUUACACAUAUCUAAUUGCUGUUUUGUUUUUGUUUUUAGGAGGAGAUGCUAAAGUAACUCAUCUUGCAGGACGACAUUGAAGAUUGGUCUUCUGUUGAUCUAAGAUGAUUAUUUUGUAAAAGACUUUCCUAGUGUAAAAGGCACAACUGUGUCCAACUGUAUAUAGCUGCCAAUUAGUUUUUCUUGUUUUUAAUUUGUCCCUUGCUAUCUGUGUUAUGACUCGAUGUGGAUUUGUGUUUAUACAAAUUUUAUUUGUAUGAUUUCAUGUUAAACCUCAAAUAAAUGCUUCCUUAUGUGAUUGUUUUUCUGCGUCAGGUACUACAUAGCUCUGUAAAAAUGUAAUUUUAAAUAAGCAAUAAUUAAGGCGCAGUUUAUUUUGUAAGGAGUUUUGGCCCAUGGGGAGAAACUGUGGUUCUUUAUAAAUAGCCAGCUACAGUGUCACCCUGUUCCCUGUUUUUGUAGGUGUGUUCUAUGCUCUAAGGCUUUAUCCCCCUGUUAGCUGAUGCUUUCACCACACCUUUGAAUAAUGUUCUUCCUCUCUGGACAUCUGGAGACUGUCAUGAGAAUAACUCAGUAUUGUGAUUAGAAGCUUUCUAGUAGACCAUGUAUCUUCUGGAUUGUAUUUUCAAGAAAAGUACCUUUGUAACAACUUGUUAAUGGCCCCUUUUUGCUUUGUUCCUUUCUCUGGAAAGCCAUUUAUGAUUUGCUGAUUAUUUCUUUGACUUUAGAGUUAAUUAGUGGUCUGCUAGAAAAAGCUCUGAUUAAUCAUAACUCCAUGACUUUGUUCUCUGCAUAAAAAUCUCCAGAUACACACAAGGAAAGAGCACUAUAUAACUAACUGGUAGGAGCUACGGUUUAAGAGCAUUGAAAGUAGUUACGACAAGGAUUUUGGCAGAUGAAGUUUGAUCAAAAAUUAGAAUAAUAUUUGAAGUAGUGGCAGAGUAAUUGUAUUCUGAUGUUAUGUCACAGCCACCACCAGACUGAACAAAAUGUUUUUGGUUUGGGCAUUAGGAAGCUGUGUUAAGAGUUAACUGUUAUAACGUCUUGAGUUUUUAGAAGGUCACGAUAAUCUCAUUUUUAAUGCAGUUAGUGCAUGAGCUGAGUAGUUAAACAUUUCCAUAUUCAGACAUAGGGAAGGAUGGUGGAAAAGGUGUAUUUUUAAGUCUUAGGUGUGUUAAUGUUGGCCUAAGUGUGACUCAGUUAUGUCAUUACAGCAAUCUUCCUGGUUUAUUGAAAAAAAAGUUUUAUAUUUAGGUUUUAAAGGACUCCUGAGUAAAUACAAGUAUCCAAUUUUGCAUUCAUUGUAGUUUGAAUUUAGGUGAGUUUGUUUCCAUGGUUCUGAGUUAGCUGCUAGGAUUAGUAUACAUGUUCAUAUGUAGAGUAGUUGAUCUCAAACUCAACCAGUGUAAGUUAUGCCGAGGAAUCUGCCUUUUGUUUUAAUUUGGUUCCUGCAGCUUUAUUCCCAUAAUUGUGUUUGCAGGGCUAUCAAGCUACAAUGCUCUUGAGUUUUGCUCCCAUUUUGCUAUUUGACCUUACACUUAGGCCAAGUACCAAUGUUGGCUAUUGCAAGGGAUUCUGUUUGUUCUUUAAACAUGCAACUUUAGGGAAUGGAAGGGAGAUCGUUUCAUUUUAAGUUGUCAAUAGGUGCAGUGUCUAGGGUAGUGAAUUCUGUAAGUUCAAAUUUAUGAUUAGGUGACAAGUUGACACUGAGAUUGUCCUUUUCCCUGAUCAAAAAUGAAUAAAGGCUUUUUAAACAAAA